UAUACCGGUAUGUUUAGUACUAGUAUUGUAGCUGUACAUAUCGAACCCAACUAGUCACAUGGACCAAAUAGACCAGACGGGGUUGCAAGAAUUCAUUCCAGCUUGCGCAUCCUGGUUUCCAUUAGAUCGCUACAAGGCGCUUGCCUACUUUGAACAAUCGUCCUUUUUCGCAGCGGCUGGGCGUGACGCGAAUGGACAGCCAAUUACAAUUAACAACACGGAAGCCCGGCUGGCCGGGCUAGAUCCAGCGGUGCCUGGUGUAUUAGAGAGCAUGCCUCAUGGUCGACCAGAGUUCAUAAUAGAAAUAUCACAAGAACCACAUGCGUUCGUCAUACGUAAGCAGCUUCGCAGCAGCCCGAACCCGCUGGAGCGGCCCAUCGUGCUGGCGUACUACUACAUCGCAAACAACAAGAUCAUGCAGGCUCCCUCUGCGCACCAGGUGACGCAUGCUCGUCUGCAGCGCUGCACCUUCGCGCUGCAGCAGGGCUUCGCGCGGCUGCAAGCAGACCUGGAGCCCCUCACACGGCAGGCCAAGCAGCUCGCGCGGCAAGCUGCACGUGAGGAGCAGCAGCAGCAGCAGGGGUUAGCAACGCAACAGCUGCAGCAGCAACAAGGGAAGCAGCAACAACAACCAGGACAGCAACCGAGAGCAGAGGAGGUGCAAGGGAGAGGGCAGGGACAGGGCACCAUACCUUCGGUUUCACCGCCGUCCGCAGCAGUAGCAGCACCGGCGGCGGCGGCGGCUGCUUCCCUGUCGUACACUGGGCCGCAUCACCCGUACGCGGCGACGGUGGAUCUCGAGUCGCCGUCGUUGGGGACGCUUCGAGCGCCGCUAGCUGCGCCGCUGCCGGAAGUCAUGGCGGCGGCGGCAGUUGAGACGGGGCUCACCGGUGUUGGCGGCGGCGGAGUACCGGUACGACGACACUUGACGGAUGCGGAUCGAGCUCGUUGGAACAAGCUGGACCGCAUCCUGAGUCACCAGUUCAGCUCGCUUCAACGCAUCAAGUACACCGCAUUGCCUCCGGAGUAUCUGCAGCGGCUGCAUGAGCAGAUGUACGGACCGCCGCCGCCUGCACCAACAGCACCGCCGCCGGCGACCACCGCCGUCGGGGCUGCCGAGGGGGCCGCUGCAGGGCAGUGAAGCACCUGGAGUGGGAAUGAACGAGGAAAGCAAACGCUGACAAGACCGGAAUGAGGGGAAGAGGAGUGCAGAGAGCGGUGUGCAGCGAGUGAAAGAGAGCUGAGGAUGUGUGAUGAUGGCGGGCUGUUUGGUAUCCCUGCUGGGGAAGGGAUGGCUGCCUGUUAUGAGGUGCCUCUCUUUAAUAUUAGGCAUGCGCGCCCCUGGGCGCGUUGCGUUUUUGGUUGGUAGGGUGCUUGUUAUAGAUUGCGCUUGGAUGGUACUGUGAAGCGAC